AAUGCUGGGCACGAUGCAACUAAUGAUAGUACGUAUGAGUCUCUCUAUGGCCCUGGUGUGUAUGGUGGCCCACUCUCCUGAAAUUACUCUUCACGAGACUUCCAUCCUCACCCAGAGGGGCAAUUUUACCACUCAAGGAUAUGAGCUUACCACCCAAGGGUAUGAUGAUCUUAGUACCCAAGGGUAUGAUGAUCUUAGUACCCAAGGGUAUGAUGAUCUUAGUACCCAAGGGUAUGAUAAUCUUAGCACCCACUGGCCCUCACUUACUUCCAACAUAACCAGCACUGCACAAAGACACAGCCUCAACACCUGCAGCUCUCUGGUGCUCCAGGAUAUGGACAGUGAUCCUUCCCCAGUGCAGACACAAAGUGGCUACUUCAACUGGAGCAAAGUAGUGCAGGGUAACCUUCUGUCAAGUAUCUUCUGUGGAAACAUCGCAGGUACACUGCUGGGUGGCUGGGUGUGUGACCGCUGGGGUGGGCGUCUCAUCAUGGUCCUCUGCGUGGGCAUGAAUGCACUUGCUACAUUAAUGUUCCCAUUGGCAGCGGAUGUCCAUCACAGUGUCCUCAUUGCCCUGCGGGUAGUGCAGGGAUUCACAGAGGGAAUGGGACUGAAUGCUCAUCCAUACCUUCUAACACGAUGGGGGACAUCACAGGAUCUGAACCUGCUCACCAGCCUUGCCUAUGCUGGCUUUCCCCUGGGGGUGAUGGUUUCUCAUCCUCUCAUCUCUCUGUUGUGUCUUCAUGGACCACUGGGAGGCUGGCCCUCUAUCUUUUACCUAAUGGGUGUGUUGGGAUGUGCCUGGACUGUUGCUGCUCUCUUCCUCCUCCACAACUCGCCCACUACACACCCAUUCCUCUCUCAGACAGAAAAAAGGUAUUUCCAGCAAUAUGAACAAGAAAAGAGUGGUGGUUGCAGGUCUUGGAAGAAAGUGCCAUGGAAAAAGCUGUUGGGGAGCACUCCAGUAUUGGCUCUCAUAGCUACAACCAUCUUCAGCAGCUUUGGAUACUUCACCUUCACUCUACAUCAGCCAUUCUUCAUGAGGGAUAUUUUUGCUUUUUCAGUAGGCCAUAAUGGGAUAAUGUCAUCGCUGCCAUGGCUUGUAGAAGUUCCUCUGUCGCUGGCUGUGGGAAUGGUAAUAGAUGCCUUGAAUUUUCGGCACCUUCCUCUCACCAUCACUAAGAAAGUCUUCAAUACACUUGGUAACUCCCUACUUGAGCAACACUCUUAGCUAAGUGUUUGUGGCACUUUUAUCAUAAGGGGCACAUAAUAUUAAAGAGAUUCCAAAAUUUUUAUUGAUGAGCUAAUUGCAAAGUAAAAUAUAAAGUCUGAUAAUCUUAAGAGCAAAACUUUUCUUUCUUGUAAAUAUUAAAUUUUGCAUACCACUUAAGCUCAUUUUUCUAUAUCUCUGAUCAUUGAGAAUGGCUUGACUUGUAAAUCUUUCCAGUUAUUUUUCACACCUUAAGGAAAUAAGCAACUUGACCCACUACUUCAAAAAAUUCUGCUCUUUUUUGUAAUAUUCCCUAAUUUACUAACUCUCAGUCAGAUUUGAUCACUGGUUGUUGUCACCCUUUCUCAUACUUACAAAGGUAAAAAAAAAAUCUGGAAUCCAGGGCAUUUGUAUUAUGUACUUGGAAGUGCAUUACACCUUGCUCACUGACAUCAUUAAGCAUGUUUGUAAAUUUGAAUUUGACAUUAA